CAUUUGUUCGCCGGCGUCAGUUAGUGACUAUCGUUUGGAGUGAACGGUUGUGAAAAUGUUCUUCGUACCAGCGGUCAUUGUGCUUCUGGGGUUAGUUUUCUUCUGGUGCAAACUGUCCAAAAGCAGUGCCCUGUUCGCGAAAGACAUCCCAGGACCAAGGUCGUACCCGAUCAUCGGGUCCACCCAUCUAUUCGUGGGCUCCGAAGAGCAUACGUUCAGUGUUGUAAAUGAUCUGUUUCGCAAGUAUGAUAGUAUAUUUAAACUAUCGCUCGGAACGAAAACUGUCCUGUGUUUAUCCGAUCCGGACCUUAUUCAGCAAGCUCUAACAACCGGUGCGUGUCAGGAUAAGGCAUUUUUCUACCGUUUUCUUGAGAUGGAUUAUGGACUGGUAUCGUCGCGCUACACGGAUUGGAAAUUGUACCGCAAACUGUUGAAUCCUGCCUUUAAUCAGCGCAUCUUGAUCAGCUUCAUAUCGAUCUUUAGCCGUUGCUCAGAAGAUAUGGUAUCGCGAAUGGCUAAGGAGGAGGACAGCCAUAGGCCGUUCGAUGUGCUUCACUAUACGGCUCAAUGUACGCUGGAGAUGGUGUGCGCCAGUUCGCUCAAAAGUGACAUUACAGAUGAUCCACAUGCGAAGGAUGUUUGCGGAGGUAUUGAGAAGAUUGGUUCGAUAAUGAGCAGCAGAGUGUUCAACGUCUUGCUUUAUAGUGAUCUUUUGUUUACUAUGACGCAACGAUACAGAGAAAUGCAGAAGCUUCGUGCGCAAUUGCAACGUGUGGUCGAUCCGAUAUUGUACGGAAGGCGAGAAGAAGUGAUGAAGCAGCGGUUAGAAAAGUCCCACCAGGAUAAAGAGGAACAAUAUCGUAAGCCGAUGGUGUUUCUCGAUCAACUGCUGAACAUGCAACGUGGUGACCAAGAUCUUGAAAUGCAGGAGAUCGAGAACCAUCUCUACACCAUUAUUGGAGCAGGCAGCGAAACAACCGCAAAUCAAGUGGCUUACAUCCUUUUGUUGCUGGCAAUGCAUGCAGAUGUGCAGGAUCGUGUAUAUGAAGAAAUUCUCUCCAUCUACGGCAGCACAUCGCUUGACAUAUCGUACGAAACGAUUUCCGCCCAAACUUACCUCGAGCAAGUGAUCAAAGAGUCCAUGAGACUGUUUCCGGUGGCACCGCUCAUAGGACGGGAAACGAUCGAGACGGUUAAGCUGGGCAAUAUUGUCGUCCCACCAGGAGUGACGCUGCUCAUCAACAUUCUAAGCGUCCAUCGCAACAAAAAGCUUUGGGGUGAACAGGCGGAUGUGUUCGAUCCAGACCGUUUCGAGCGUUCGAUGUACGAUGCUCGCAAACAGCAUCCCUUCAGCUACAUACCGUUUGGUGGUGGGCCAAGAAACUGUAUCGGAUAUCGUUACGGCAUGUUUGCUAUGAAAAUUAUGGUCACACAGAUGCUCUACAGAUAUAAACUGUCCACUCCGCUGUCGGCAAAGGAUUCUUUACAUUUGUCGUUUGCGGUCACGCUCAAGACUGGUGUAGGACACAGGAUAUGUAUAAAGCGCAGAGAAGUCGUUGCGGAGUAAGUAGGUUGCAGGAGAUCUAACGCAACACGUGCUCUGCGAGCUCUACAAGAAAUAUCCAGUAGCCAUUCUAAACCAGCAGUAUUUUGAAGUAUAAAUGUGGUCACGCAAUGUUUUUUUUCCCGGGUAACAUAGACUACCUCGUUCUCAUAAUUCACUUUAAGCUAUCUUUAAUUAACUGAGCUAUGUUUUUUUCGUAAUAAAAUCACAAAAAUCUUGUUGCUAUAAUCAUCCGAAAAAUUUUAGCUCGUCAAGCAGGUACUGUUCCUUGAUGACUUACAGAUAUGUUGGGUGUAAUUAUUGAAAUUUAAUCUAAGAACACACUUCUUGCAUUUUUAAUGAUUCUUUUUCGUAAGUAGAAUGAAUGCAAUAAAAACAUUCCAUCAGUUUACGACGCAAUUUUAUAGCACACUGAUUGUAUGCACAAGAAAUACUGCUAUAAAAA